AUGGCCCCAUCCGGUAGAAAUAAAACGACGCAAAACAAUGACAGCGAUCCUUCGGAACAAAAUGGUACCCAAACGCAAGAUACCAAUCAAAACGUUCAAGAGACUGGCGUUCGAAAACUGGUUUCGCUUCGACGUCAUCACGAAAUGGAGAUCAAUACUUUGAUCGACAUGCUCGAAAACAACAUCUACGAGGAAGAAGAUGAUCUUGAACUCAUCAAUGAAACGUUCACUGAAUUGUCUCAAUUCCAACAAAAACUUGAUACCCUGAACGAUCAAAUGUUACAGGCUGGUUCUGAACACGAUUUUGAAGAAUAUUCUCACUGGACAGUACAGUUGAAACAGAAAAUCCGAGUAUUUUCAAUGAAAGUGAAAAAAUAUUUGAAAAAACAAGUAUCAAAUCCUGCUACUUCUACAAUUCCAAAUAACAGCGCUCAAGAAAAUGCUACUUCAAUUUUCCCACAGGAAACCGCAACCUCCAUGCCGACUGCAAACACAAUGGAUAUACCAAACAACAACCUUAUAACCAUGAGCAACAAUACUCAAGGCAAUGCAAGAAAAGCUGCCUCUGACGACAACCUUUCGGCGCCAUUUCAAGGCGACCAAUCAUUUUCAAAUCCAUUUGCUAGUGAUGUUCCUAACCACAGCUCACAACAAGCUAGUGCUGCAAACCCUCCUAACAACAACAAUCGAGCUUUGGCAACUAAUUCAAGCGACACUUCUACUACAUUCAGUCGAUCAGUGCCAAAACUGAAGCCUACAAUUUUCAAUGGCAAUCCUAACUAUUGGUUGCACUGGUAUGGUGUAUUCGUAUCAUCGAUUCAUAAUUCUAAUAUGUCUCCAACUGAAAAGAUGAUCCAUCUUCAAUCAUUGGUAACUGGCCCAGCUAAACUAAUGAUAGCUGGUUAUGGUGCAAACGGCGACACAUACGAACUAGCACUACAACGUCUUCGUGAAAACUUUGGCAAUACCAAUAGAAUUGUCAACUCUUUUUUGCAACGUCUUGCAAAUUUCAAACCUCCAAAUCUGGCUCAACCAGAAUCAUACAUGCAGUUUUCUGCUUUUCUCCUAACUUUAGUGGACACUUUUGAGCAACUUGGUUUUGUUCACGAUAUUUGUUCUACAACAAACUUGAACACUGCUCUGGCAAAGCUUCCCGACCCUGUGAGAUUAGAAUGGAAUCGCUUCGUCAUCGACAAAGACUACGAUCAACCCUCCUUGAGACAUCUAGCACAAUGGUUUCAACGGUACGCACAGGCGUGUCGCGACAUGCCUCCGACAGGUUUCCGAAACCAAAACAAUAACAAUUUUAACAAUUCUUCUGGAAACGCUAAACACUCUAGUGGUUCCCGUUUCAAUGGUUUUACUACAAAUGGUGUAGGAAAUCAAAAUCAGCGCUUUAACCAUCAGGGAGAUCAACAAAACUCUCGUGCUCAGAAUAAUGUAAACUCGAAUGCUUGUCCUAGUGGAGACACCUGUGGACCUCUCUACAAAUGCGAGCACUUCAAAGCCUUAGACCCUAAGCAACGAAAAGAGCAUGCCCGAAAAAUGCACUUAUGCUUUAACUGUCUAGGGAAUCAUAGGUUUACUGACUGCAAUUCGAAAUCGCUCUGUCGAACCGAUAAUUGUGGUAAAAAACACCACACUCUACUCCACGAUCCUUCUGAUACUUAUGGAAAAAACCCUAGUAAAGCUGCAGUGAAUCGCGCAAUAGCUUGUCAGAGAUCAGGUCAAUCAGCUUUUGUACCAAUCGAAUUAUCAAAUGGUGAUAAAACACUUUGUACCUACGCUUUCUUAGAUAGUGGUAGCUGCGUAACUCUACUACUGGACUCAGUGGCAACUCAACUAGGCUUGGAAGUCAACAAGAAGCACUCACUUCCCAUAUCUGGAUAUCAUGAGACCAAGUCAGUUCAAGUUUCAUCUGUGGAUGUACAAAUUAGACCAUACAAAAGCACAUCGACUCCAAUGACGCUCGAUGACGUACUCACGGUAGAUGAAAAUAAUUUGGCCCCAGUUGAUAUUUUUCAACUAAACGCAAUGUGCAACAAUUUUCCACAUUUAAAGCAUGUUAAAUACCCGGACUUAAACGACAAUAGCAUAUCGCUAGUCAUCGGAAACAACAAUCCAGAAUAUCAUGAGAUCAAAAAUACCGUUUAUGGCCCCAAGAAUGUUCCCUGGGCUAUCGAAACCAUUUUGGGAUGGACAUGCACAGGUCGGAACAAAACGCAAUAUAAUUCCGUUCCAUCUGUUCCGGUGAACUUCACACAAGUUCAUUCACACAAUAACUUAGAUGAAAAAUUAUACCAGAAAGUUCUCAACUGGAUGAAAAUAGAAAACACAGGCAUCGCUUCUUCAAAACGCUCGCACUCCAAAUCGGAUAAAAGAGCAAUCGAUAUUCUCGAAAACUCUUGUACUUUAGUAGAUGGUCACUAUCAAAUUGACCUUCUUUGGAAAGAGGAUACUGAUCUUCCAAAUAACCGUUGGCUAGCUGAAAAGCAACUCAACAGCCUCGAAUUUCGCCUUAAAAGUAAACCUGAUUUAAGGGAGAAAUACCGCGCAACAGUCAUCACUGACUUAGAAAAAGGCUUUGUCACCAAAAUAGAUGCAAAACAUGACACUGCAAUCAAAUCUUGGUAUUUGCCGCAUCAUCCAGUGACAAAUGUCAACAAACCAGACAAAGUUAGACGAGUCUCAAAUGCUUCCAGCAUUUUUCAGGGUAAAUCCCUCAACUCGAGUUUGCUCAAAGGGCCCGAUCUUUUGUGCAACUUAACAGGUCUCAUAAUUCGCUUUCGACAAAAUAAAAUAGCAAUAUCUGCUGACAUAGAUGCUAUGUUUAUGCAAGUGCUAGUCAGCCCAAAGGAUAGACCUUUUCUAAGAUACCUUUGGAAAGAUAAUGGUAAAUUAGAAACUCACGAAUAUACACGACACAUUUUCGGUGCCACAGACUCACCAUGCGUGGCUUGCUACGCAGUACGACGAUGUGCAUCAGACAGUAAAAACGACUUUCCUCUGGCUUCUAAAAUCAUUCAACGGAAUAUCUACAUGGAUGAUUUGUAUGUCACUUCGUCAACGGUAGAAGAAGCCCUCCAACAAAUGACACAACUACGAGGAUCUUUAUCUCGAGGUGGGUUCAACUUGAAUAAGUGGAACUCAAACAGUAAACCAUUCCUGGAUUCAAUUGAUCCAAAUAUUUUAGUCAGCCCUAAUGAUCCAACGCCUAAACAUCAACGAGUUCUCGGUGUUCACUGGAAUACCAACACUGACUGCUACUUCAUCGAUAACAAAAAGUUUGUAAAAAUUCUACGUAUUGGCAUUGCUACGCAACGGAAACUCCUGAAGUAUACCGCUUCUUUAUUUGACCCUCUCGGAAUAGUGGCUCCAUUGACAAUUCGGAUUCGAAAAGUUCUCCAAUCUGUUUGGUCACAAAGCGUUAAGUGA